UUGGCUGUGCGAAAAUGUAGUAAGCAGAUACAUCCCACCAACUUCCCCCAUGGCCACUUAAAAGUUAUGUGCUGUGAUCCGAAUGGCGUGCGUGUGUGUUUGUGUGUGUUAGCGCAAGGGCCGUUUUUCGUGUUCUUUCAUGAAACACCAUGAAUUAAUACACGUCGAUUUUCACGGAAGUAGACACCACCAUGGCAGCGACACAUCAUUAGCCACUCCUAUCCAAUGAAUGACGCACACCGCCGCUUCGUUGCGUGCCGCUGUUUGGAAACAACAAUUAGCAAAACAAAAUCGAACCCUCGCCCUCUGCUCGGCUUCUGAAUGCCACAUUGUUUCCUUUACCGAAAUGGUGUUUCUUUGGACAAGUGCCGGGACUCAAAUACACGUUAAAAUAGUCCACAAAUCGGCCAGCGUGUUGCAGCUUUCCGUGGAAAAUGUGGAAGCCCAUCGGCAGCGGCACACUCUGCUAGUGCUGGAGCUCGGAACACUUUUCUGCUUUGCAGUUUGUAUGUUUCUUUUCCGACUAAAUGUUCUCCACGCCCUGUUUGUUCUACCCAUCGGUACGCUUGUAUACCUGUACAACAACGUGAUAAAAUCCGAAAGUCUGGUGUUAGUCAAGGAUUUUGCACUGCAAUGUUCCACAACAUUUGCGAACGGGGCGGUACGCAACGCUCUCAUACCGAUGGAAUAUGUGCAGGAUAUCGUAAUCAACGAAGUGUUCUUUAACCUUAAAGUAAUAUUCGUGCUGCAAUUACUUACGAAGGGACAUUUAUUUCGGAAGAAGCCUGUUAUAACGCUUCUACAGCAACUAAAACCAGCCCUUCCAAGCCUGAAAAUUAUUUACAACGAGCUUCACUCCGUUCUCGAGCUGCAGAAUUGUUGACGAGCCGGUGGCGACUAUUACUGUUCCGUAGGGAGAGCUUGUGCAUUAUGUUUAGUAAAUUGUGCACCUCCUGAACGCCAGUUGCUGCAUCCGGGGCGGGAAAUAUUUGUUUCGAUAUCCGUUCUACCUUCUUCAAUUCCUGAACCGGCUGUUUCGGCACACACACAUCGGUAUCAUUCUAUGUUUUAAGCAAGCAGGACCAAAGACAAACACAGUCAGGCACAACGAAACAUGUGCAAUAAAGAUAACGCAUACUUACAAUCA